AUGGCGGGCCGGGCGCUGCUCAUCCUCGCCGCCGUCCUCCUCCUCUGCGCCGCCGAGUGCCGCCUCGUCCACGCAUGGAAGAGGUCGUACGUGGUAUACCUGGGAGCGCACCCUUAUGGGCGCGAGGCGACGGCGGAGGACCACGCGCGCGCCACCGAGUCGCACCAUGAGCUCCUCGCCUCGGUCGUCGGGAGCAAGCAGGCGGCCAAGGACGCCAUCUUCUACUCCUACAACAAGAACAUCAAUGGCUUCGCCGCGUAUCUCGAGGAGGAGGUGGCCACCCAGAUGGCAAAGCAUCCGGGUGUGCUGACGGUGAUGCCGAGCAAGAUGAUGAAGCUGCACACGACCAGGUCAUGGGGCUUCAUGGACAUGGAGAGGGGCGGCCAGGUGCUCCCGGACUCCAUCUGGAAGCACGGCAGGUUCGGCCAGGACGUCAUCAUCGCAAGCCUCGACAGCGGCGUGUGGCCGGAAUCCAACAGCUUCAACGACGAGGGCAUGGCCCCGGUGCCCAAGCGCUGGAAGGGCUCCUGCACCGACACCGCCAAGUACGGGGUGCCCUGCAACAAGAAGCUCAUCGGCGCCAAGUACUUCAACAAGGACAUGCUGCUGUCGCACCCGGCCGUGGUGGACCGCAACUGGACGCGCGACACCGAGGGCCACGGCACGCACACGCUCUCCACCGCCGCCGGCCGCUUCGUGCCGCGCGCCAGCCUCUUCGGCUACGCCAACGGCACCGCCAAGGGCGGCGCCCCGCGCGCCCGCGUCGCCGUCUACAAGGUCUGCUGGACCGGGGAGUGCGCCACCGCCGACGUCAUCGCCGGCUUCGAGGCCGCCGUCCACGACGGCGCCGACGUCAUCACCGUCUCCUUCGGCGUCGACGCGCCCCUCGCCGACGCCAGCUCCUACUUCCACGAGGCCGUCACCCUCGGCUCCCUCCACGCCACCAUCCACGGCGUCGCCGUCGUCUGCUCCGGGGGCAACCAAGGGCCCUUCGAGGACACCGUCGUCAACUCCGCGCCAUGGGUCACCACCGUCGCCGCCAGCACCGUCGACAGGGACUUUCCCGACCAGCUCACCCUCGGCAACAACGCCACCAUGAGGGGGAUAAGCCUUGAGGCAUCCGACCUUCACUCCGACAAGCUCUUCCCGCUCAUCAACGCAAGCAGCGCCGCGCUCCCCAACUGCACCGUCAACCUCGCCACAAACUGCGCCACGGGCUGCCUUGACCCGGCCAAGGUCAAGGGCAAGAUCGUCGUGUGCGUCCGCGGCGGGGAUGCCCCGCGGGUCAUGAUGGGGAUGACCGUCCUCAACGCCGGCGGCGUCGGGAUGAUCCUUGCCAACGGCGAGAUGGACGGCAACGACAUCCAAGCCGACCCGCACGUGCUCCCGGCCACAAUGAUCACCUACACCGAGGCCGUCUCUCUCUACAACUACAUGUCCUCCACCUCUGACCCGGCCGCCAACAUCUCGCCUUCCAAGACGGAGCUCGGCGUCAAGAACUCGCCAUCCAUCGCCGCCUUCUCCGCUCACGGGCCAAGCGGCACGCUGCCCUACGUCCUCAAGCCGGACGUCGCCGCACCGGGGGUGGACAUCCUCGCCGCCUUCACUGAGUACGUCAGCCCCACCGAGGUGGCCGCCGACAAGCGCCGCUCCGAGUACGCCAUCAUGUCCGGCACCUCCAUGGCGUGCCCGCACGUCUCCGGUGUCAUGGGCCUCCUCAAGGCGGCGCACCCCAACUGGAGCCCCGCUAUGAUGCGAUCCGCGGUCAUGACCACCGCGCGCACCCAGGACAACACCGGCGCGCCCAUGCGCGAGAUGGACGGCAAGGAGGCCACCCCUUUCGCCUACGGCUCCGGCAACGUGCACCCGAACCGCGCCGUUGACCCGGGCCUCGUCUACGACAUCACCCCCAACGGCUACUUCACCUUCCUCUGCUCGCUCGGCUUCUCCACCAAGGACCUGAGCAGGCUCAGCUCCGGCAAGUUUACAUGCCCGGCCAAGCCGCCGCCCAUGGAGGACCUCAACUACCCAUCCAUUGCGGUGCCGGCGCUGCGCCGCAGGAUGACGAUCAAGCGGCGGCUCAAGAACGUGGGCCGACCCGGGACAUACCGCGCAUCGUGGCGCGCGCCUUUUGGGGUCAACAUGACCGUUGACCCGACGGUGCUCGUAUUCGAGAAGGCCGGCGAGGAGAAGGAGUUCAAGGUGAAGGUGGCGUCGGAAAAGGACAAACUCGGGAGGGGCUACGUCUUUGGGAAGCUCGUCUGGUCUGAUGGGACCCACUAUGUCAGGAGCCCCAUCGUGGUAAAUGCCCUCGAUUGA